UAGUCCUGUGUGAGAGAAAUUUAAAAGCUUUCCACUUGAAUUUGGUAUCUUUGGACGUAUGUUUUACACUGUUAGUACAGCGGGAGCUUUAUUCUGACAUUAUGAGCGGUUACUGGUUUCACUAGACGGUCGACUUGACACGGGUGACAAAAUCAGCUGUGCGCGCCGUGGUACCCGCACAUCCCGCAGCACAUCCCGUUGAUAACUGGGAGUCAACGAGGGAGAGAGAGAGAACACCUAGUGGAUCUACAGGCGUUAUAAUCAUAACACAACUGGAAAAGGAAAAAGAAAAAAAAAACAUCUUCCAGGGAAAAAGGGGGAGUUUUGUAUUCCACAGAGGGGGAAAAAUGGGACAUUUGGGGAAUUCAUCCAGUCUCCGGUCUCCAGUCGGCUCCACAUUAAAGUGGAGCGGAACUCUCGGACGCGCCGCCGGACCUCUGCUGCGCCUCGGCGCGCUCCGCGUAGCAUCAACCCCACAAUGAGAGCAGCUCGGCUCUAACUAUGGGCGCGCACAUCCUGGAGUCCAACUCCAGCGCCAACCUGACGCCCGCGGUGUCCGAGGCUGGGAUCGUGCUGCCGGGCUACCUGGUGGUCAUCUUCUCGGUCCUCAUGGUGACUCUGGUGAUCGUGGUGGUGGCCGGGAACGCGCUGGUCAUCAUGGCUUUUAUCGUGGAUAAAACCCUGAGGAAUCAGAGCAACUACUUCUUUCUGAACCUCGCCAUCUCCGAUUUUCUCGUGGGUGCUUUCUGCAUCCCAGUGUACAUCCCCUACAACCUGACUGGCAGGUGGAUGCUGGGGAAGGGGCUCUGCAAAGUCUGGCUGGUCAUGGACUACCUGCUCUGCUCCGCCUCCGUCUUCAACAUCGUCCUCAUUAGUUAUGACCGUUUCCUGUCAGUCACCAGAGCAGUUAAAUACAGAGCGCAGAGGAACAUCACACGCCAGGCGGUGCUGAAGAUGGUGGCGGUCUGGCUGCUGGCGUUCCUCCUCUAUGGCCCCGCGAUCAUCUUCUGGGAGGCCAUCGUGGGCCAGAGCGUAGUCCCGGCCCACGAGUGCUACGCAGAGUUUUACUUCACUUGGUACUUCCUGCUCAGCGCGUCGACCUUCGAGUUCUUCACGCCGUUCGUGUCGGUGGCCUUCUUCAACCUCAGCAUCUACCUUAACAUCCACCGGAGGAACAAGAGCGGCAACGGCGGUGCCGAGGACGAGGCCAAGCCGCAGAGGAAACCCAGGAAGUACAGAGACGGCACAGGGGCCUGGUCCGUGUUUUUCGUCAAGACUCGGAAGGUGACCUCCAGCGAGCCUGCUGCCAUCUCGGCGGUCAUAGAGGACGAUGACAUUCUGUCGCCCUCCUCCAGCGGCUGCCCCGACACCAGUCAGAUUUUUGUGCAGAGGGAGAAGUUUUCUCCUCACCGGAAAAACUCCAGGCUGUUUCAGCACACGGCUUCCUGCAUGGCGCCGGGCCGGAGGACUCCCGGAUCCCGCCUUUCCCGAGACAAAAAGAUCGCCAAGUCGUUGGCCAUCAUCGUCUGUAUUUUUGGGAUAUGCUGGGCUCCGUACACUCUGCUCAUGAUCAUCCGCGCCGCCUGUGGCGGCGAAUGUGUGGCGCACUACUGGUACGAGAUCACGUUCUGGCUCCUGUGGCUGAACUCGGCCAUCAACCCGUUCCUGUACCCUUUGUGCCACAGCAGCUUCCGAAGAGCUUUCUCAAAGAUACUGUGUCCCAAGAGGCAGUCAGUGCAGCCUCAAAUUGAGGUUCAGUCUUGCUAGAUGAACUCAGCUGCACAGCCAUAUUUGAAGAACGCAGUUCGUGUUUGAUGGUCAUACGCUGUAAAAACUCAUACAAUGUUCUUCCAUGAAAAAAAGGUUUCAAACCAAGAAGACGUUUUUGCAUUUGAAGGGAUAGUUUGGCGUAGUUUGGCUCUUACCCUUGAAUAGGCAGGUGUCGUUUCUACUGGUGGGUGACAUGGACUUUAAAUUAUAUCACGAUAUUUUGUGAUACUAUUGCGAUAAUGACAAAAGGUAUUACAGGUUGCUGCGUAGCUGUGACUGCAUGACACAGUAAUUUUAGUUCCACAAUGCAAACACUGCUUUUGAAAAACCAUUUUUAAUGCGCUUCUUUAGGAUACCAGUCACUAAACUUCACACAAUAGCUGCUUAAUUUCUUCCAAUUUAUCGAUGUUUGUUGACUCUCUCAUCGGACAAACAGUAUAGAAAAUAGUAAAAUUAACAACCUGACAAUAGCGACAGCUUGUUUUUUUUUUGUUUUUUUUUUCGUAAGCAUCAUUAAUUGGAAUUUGUCAUGGUGACAAAAUCAAAAUUCUUAUAAAAAAUGUAUCAUGGUGAAAGAUAAACGAUGCGCUAAAUACACACCUUGUCAUAUUGUGAAGAAAGGCUGACAGCUAAUCUGACCCACUUGCUAUUUUAGGCAAAGUUACCAAUUUAAAACAACUCAAACCAAAAACAACAUUUCAACAGGACAACACGGGAUAAGUGCUGUAUCCUGUUUAAGAUGGAUUUUUUUUAGGAGACCAUUGGUUGCUGUUUAAUUAACUGAGCAUCUUCUUUGUAAUUACGCUAAAGCUAUGUUAGCAUAAACUGCUGGCUGUUUCCCUUCUCACCAGCUGCGUGUUGUCCGUUUGGUUUUUUUGCCUGCCGAGGGGAAAGUAACAUUUUGGAUUAUCUGCCUCGCUGCUUUGUGCAACUAGUGUAUAUUACAACAGUCUCAACUUUAUGUAACUGUGCAAAGUCACAACGACAUUGCCUACAGCUCAGAAAACGGCACCAAACCUAAGGUUGAUAUUGGCUAAUACCGUGUUGUAUCCCACGGAGAAGAGCUGAUUGUAGUUUGAGCUCUUUUAACGCAUCAGAACCAACCGAGCUGUGUCGUUAUUUGUAACAGUUUCCGUUCCCGUGACGGAAAAAAAGUCAAAUUGCAACAACUUUGUCGAGAACUGGAUUCUUCAUCGCAAAGGAAGUUAGUAAAGCACGACUGCUUUAUUGCUAUUAUUUUUGCCUUUCCUUCCCGAACUGCCUCAACUUUUUUAAUGAUAAAUCUUUAUUUACAGGGAAAGAAACUGUUGCGAACAACAACCUCGCUUCACUCCAACGCACCCAAGCUAUCCCUUCAAGCCAGAAUUGUCAGGACACAUUUGACAGCAAUAUGACGAUGCAAAACAGUCUGGAGAAUGUUUGUAAUGACAGAGCAGUGGAGUGGGAGUCCCACUGAAUCUGCAUCAGUAGGUAUAAUUCCUCUUGAUGAGAGUGCCCUUAAGAGCCAGUGUCACAUCUUUUAUUUAAGCGCCGUAAAACGCUGGUUUCAAAAUGUAUGUAAAUCUUCACUGUAACUAGAUCGAGAUGGAUUAAUGUGGUUUGGGCUUCGGGGUCUUAAUGUGCUAAAAGCUGUGAGGUGAUGAUUUAUGUAGCCAGGUAGUCGGUGAUUACCAUCAUUUAGUCCAGGUUAUUACAUUAGGCCUCCCGUACGGCACAUAAAAAAUGAUAAAUUAGUGUCUGUCUGAAUAGAAGCAACCAGAAAGACUUAGACGUCGUCUUUUUUUUUUUUUUUAAGAUGGAAAACCUCUUAAAUAUCAUUUAUAAAAAGAAAUAAGGCCUUAAUGUUUUUUUAAUGAUUUAAAACUGACUGCACAUGCCGUCCUUUUUCCUUUACAAUAGAAGAGAAACCUCUAGCAUAUGCCUUCAAAAAGCCAAUUCAAGCUUUUCAUCGUGCAGCAAUAGAAUCACUAAUGCUCAAGUCCUCAAACAUCAAAGCACAAGAAGAACCGACUGCUGGCUGUCUUUCCUAUCACUCGUCUUAUGUUGCCUACACAACGUUUGUGUUUAAAUGAAGCUGUUGUUGAUGUUAAUAAUGUCAUGAUGAAAUGGAAAAACAAGAUUAAACCCUUUGUUCACUCAGACCUGCUCAAGACAAACCUAAAUGUCAGAUCCUGCUCGGUGACUCGUGUCUGGGGACUGCGGGAUGUUUUGCUCUGAUAUAGAACGUGUGGCUCUCUGGACCUAAUAGACGGUGACUCAUCUUGAAGUUUUGUCUGUUUUGGUAAUGAGGAAUCGUUUGUGUGUGAUCUGUUGGUUUUUCUCUAAAUCUGGUCAGAGGUUAACAGACAAUCAUCGUGGUUGUAAAUAUCUUCUUCGUUUUGAGCUUUUAGUGGUUUAAACGAUUUCAGCUUAAAGGUUGGGAACGUCAAACAUUUCUUGAGAACAAGUGGUAUUUAAUCCACACAGUCGAGUCCGUGUUUGUUUUUACUCCAGCCAGAUUGAGGUAAUCUUUUCAAAAACGCCAACAUGUUUAUUUUGACGCGGUACCAACGUUUCGAAGCAUCCUUCAUGUCCAUGUAUGGUCAGAGUCCCGACUCGAAUCAACUGGAGAAUCUGUAGGCGACGCUACAGAUUAGGGUGAUGGCAAGGAGGUCUUUCAACCUCAAAAACUUGGAGCUCAAAGAUAAAUGGUCAAAUUACCAGAAGAAACAUCCAUAAAGUUGCUCGGCAACUAUCAACUAUGAUUUUCACAUCACAUUGUUAAAUUACGUGAUAAAAUUGGAUUUUCUAAUAUCAUUAUGUGUUUGUAGAAAUGUCUGUCAUUCCCCAUCACAGACAUCUUGAAUGAAAUUUUUUAUUUUUUUUCCAUCCACCAUGUUCAAGAGUAUUCACAUUCACUUUUGGUACAAUUUGAUCAAAUGUCCCUUAUCAUCCACAUGCCUUUUGGUUUCCACCAACAAACUUCGUUUAUGGCUCCAGCUGGUUAUUUGAGCGCCGUUUCCAGCGGUAUUGAUAGAGUUUUUACAAGUUUUGACACGCCUGGCUUUUAUUUCCUUCAGGUUCCUCACAAAGCUGAGGUCAAGGCUUGAUGUGGCCAGUUUUAGCCAUUACUAAACUCAUUUUGACAUAUGUUUGGGAUCAUCGUCGUACUAAAACAACCAAACUGAGUCGACGUUUCUACAGUCUAGUCUUGUUGUCAAACAGGAUUUAAAGAUAAAGAUGAACUUUUUUUUGUCUUUCUCCUCAGUCCAGCCACUUUUUGUAACCACUGUGGGCAAAACAGUCCCACAGCAUGAGGCUGGCAUUGUGCAGGUCGGUACUGUAUUCUUCAAUUUGAAAGACUCGUAUUGAAUUUUGCAGACAUUCACUUUCCAUCUCCCCUAGAGGCCUAGUAGCUCAUUUUUAGUCUUUGUCUGGUCAUAAAACUUUUCUCUAGGAGCUCAGUUCUAUCAACCCUCUUUGCAGUAGGGGUUUAUUUUCUGGUCAGCAUAUUCUCUCUCACUCCAUAGCAACAUAAAGGUUGUUUCACUUCUGCUGCCUUUCCACUGUUUGUAGGUUAUGACAAACUUGAGCUUGUGUGGUGCUCCACAUUUUCUGGAUACUUUUUUUGUUUUCUUUUUUUACCAUUUAUAUUAUCUGAUGGUGACAUUUUGUACAAUAUUUGUUAAAACUUUUGGGUCUUCCAGCAUACCAAUUAUCCCAAACAACCAAUCUGGUCUUAGAACUGUUAAAGUAGGCGAACAUUUAGCUUUUGAAUGGGCCUUUUCAAUAUCUGGACACAUACUCUACUGAAAAAGCAACCAGUUGAAAUUGACUACUAAUCCAGAUAAUUUCCAUGCAAAAAUGUUGCAAGAAAAUAUGCAAUUUAUUGAUUGUUUCUUUGCUGUGACAAUACCUAUUGGGAACAAAUGCUAUCCUGUUAGAAAGUCUUAUUUUUUUUUUUGCAUUUGUGGGUUGAGUGAAAGAACAAUCCAAUCCUGUCUGCUUAUGCCAAACCAGAUUACUCUGCUAUUAACCCUAGUUUGGAGUUUGCUCCGUUGGCAAGACGAUGUCUGCCAAUAGUUCCUGAGUCUCAUCUCGAUGCUGUUUUACACUGCGAUUUCCUCCAGUGAUAACAAACCUUGUUUUCCCCCCCGACACGUCACACCGCUGCCUCCACCAGCAGCUGUUUGGCUUCGGAAGAGAGGAUUUGGACACAAUCGACUCUGUUGCUCAACAUAAAAAGACAUUUUCUUACAAAUCCGUAACACUCUUUCCAAUUUUCAAGCUCUCUUCCCAAAUCUGUUGUUUCAGUAGAGAAAUAAUCAACCAAAUUAAAAUUUACUCACCUUUUGUGCUUAAGUUAUAUAAUUAAACCUGCAUUUAUGCAUUUUUUCCUUAGUUUAUGACGCCAUAGAGAUUUUAAUCUUCACCAUGUGCCAUGUCUAUUCCUGUUUAUAAAUGUCACCGAAGCUGUUUGGAGGGUAAUUAUUUCAUUCUGGCAAUGAAAAUGCUUUCUGCAUCCUUGAGAGAGCAAAAUUAAUGUGAAACAUUCAUAUUAUAGAGGAGAGAAUGGAGAAUUUUGACCCUGAAUAUCCAAUUCACUAAAGAACAUCUGGAUCAACUUUUAUGCACCACUAUUUGUUUAAAAGGCUUCAUAUUUUAAAUAACUCAUAUUUAAAACGCAUCAUCUGUCUGGGUCUGCCUGCGGUCUUUAUCGGACCUGAUGAUUGAGUUGCCUUCUCUUCUCUGGACUUUUUAUUUAUUAUGCAGCAACGUCGGAGAGGGGAAAUUCUUCAUAUUCAUGCUAACUCAGUUAAGCCAAAAUUUUAAAAUAAACAGUUUACAGGAAAGAUUUGAAACCACAUGUUUCAUAUUUUUGUCCCAAAGCUGCAUUGGAUCUUUAAAGCUGAAUUUUGGUUUUAAUUUUGUUUAGUUAUGAUGCUCAAGUUCAGAAGUAAACUUGGUUCUCUAACAAGAUAAACAAGUCAAAUGAGUUCCAGCUAAAUAAAGUCAUCUCUCAUGCAAUAUGAUGUCCGUUUUAUUUUCUCGUUCCGAUUUCCUAUUUUUGAAAUGCAUUUCUUUGACAGCCUGUCACUUUAAGAAAGAAAUCUCUACCCACAUUUGGCAGACACACACAUCCACAUCUGUCACACACACACACACACCAAACCAGUCAUAACUUCAUGCUGCUGAUCUUCACAGAACUCAAUGUUUUUCAUGGCAUUAAAAAAAAAAAGGUUUUUCGCUUUCACAUUUAUUUCCUAAAAAUAUUUGAAGAGCAACCGAAUCCCCACACGGCGACAUGACAGCAUCAUCUCACAACCAGCCAGCAGGACAGCAGCGAAAAAAUAAUCACAGAAAUUGGUGAGAAGUGGCUGAAAGAACAUUUGGCCCCUAAACCCCACAGAUACAAUCUCGAUGGGGUCAGACGCCAGUCGUGUGACGGAGGCGCAGUUCCCCAAAAAAAAAAAAAAAAAAAAAAAAAAAAUUCCCGAGCUAAAACCCCCAGAGACCAGAGGAAAUAAUGUUCAUGUUGCUGUGCCAGACACUCCAGGACGCCUCUGCAUGUUUUCUGUCCAUACCUUAACGAGUCUCGACUGUUUAUGCUGCAAACUGGAGAGCUACUGAAUAUUAUGUGAGCGGCCAGAAAGACAUCCAGGUUUCUCCGUGUUUGUAGGACCAAAAAAAUACUAACCUGAAUUUGGAUUUAGGAGUUGCAACUGUAGAGAUAGGCUGGAAAAAUUUAAAAAUAAAAACAUUUGCAUUGAUAUUGGCUAGAUUUGGAGAACAGCGUGCAGUGAAGGAAGUAUUUUGAAAUGCUUCUGAAAUAUUGAGUAAGAUUACAAAAUCUGAAAUAAUGAUGUGAGGAGGGCACUUAAAACGCCAGAAAACUCAGCAUGGGUUGUCAUGCUGCUUUGGUUUCUUUUUCUAUAAAAGAACAGAGAGAGCUCGGUUACUAGAAAAGGACAAACAAAAAGCGGGUGAAUAUAAUUUGUUCACACUGAACAAAA